AUGGCAGCAGUCGUGGGAGAUCAGUUUCGCUCUGCUCAAGAACAGCUACAGCUCGUGUAUGAAAGAAAUACUUGGAGCAGUGAUACUGUGACAGAUCUCAAUGGGAGGCUUUUGCUCAAAGUGAAGCGCCCGACCUUCAGUGCAACGGAUGUGCUCAUCACAGAUCCGAGCUCUCGUCCCAUCGUUGUAAUCUAUCAUGAGUUAAAGAACUUUCGCACUAACUGGAAAGUUUUCCGCGAGCAAAGCAGGGACACUCCGUUGCUUUGCACAGUCAGGAAAUCAUCUCGGAUUCAAUUCAGCCUUUCUCUUGAUGUAAAGAAGGAAGUGCUUGGCAGUAGCAUUGAGGUUUCUCGUGGACGAGGAGGAGCAGUGGUUGCCAGGGCUGAGGCGAUAUCUCUCCUUUCCAACACAAGGUACCAGAUCAGCGUGGCUCCUGGAGUUGAUUAUGUGUUUGUGCUGUCGCUGAUUCUGAUCGUAAAAGAGAAAGAAGAAGCUAGACAAACAGCCCCUUCAUCCAAUCUACGAUGAAAGAAGUUCCUAUGACACAAUUAUAUUAAUAUUUAAGAAGAAAAUCUGGUAUGAAAU